UUUUGGGGGCUCUAGGGGAUGCAAGGCCUAUAAACCUGCCUGCAAACAGCCUGUAAACAUGAACAGCAGGUGUAAAAUCAAGUAGGUUUGGCAUCUGGCCUUUAUUUUGAAGGUUGUCACCGGAAGUCCUGCUUUUCAUCUCUUCCGGCUGACUUGACGGUGGCAUGUCAGCAGUGAGCCAGUCGUCCAGGGGAGCGGCAGCCAGAAGGACUGUGUGUGUGUGGCUAUGAGAGGAAGUCAGAUGUGUUAACCUGGUCGUCUCCCCGGUGUACAGGCCGCUGUACAGCAGGACCGCCCGACCGGCCCGGAGGCUGCCGUCGCUAAGUUACCUAACUGUCUAGCUAGCUGGCUAACCUCAUCCCGCUAACUUCACCAGUUUAAAGCGGCGUAAGGAACGAGCAGUGCGGGGAAAGCGGGGCCUCCGGCUACUACGACUUGGUCUACGGCUGCUCUGGAGAACUGAACACCUCGGUUUAUUUCCCGGAGCAACAUCCUGCUGAGAUGGACAACCUGAGUGAAGCCCUGGAGAAGCUGAAGCUAGCGUCCACAGACAGCGCCACGGACAGCGUGGAGAGCUGUCUGGACUGCCUGCUGAAAGCGCUCGCUAACAACAACACAGAGGCCAGUAUGAAGAUCCAGGAGAUGGGUGUUCUUCCGCUGCUCCCCACCCUGCUAAACCCCCAGUCUUCCUGCACCCCUAAAGUAGCCAACAUCAUAGCUGAGGUGGCCAAAAACGAGUUCAUGCGAAGUCCCUGCGUCGAAGCCGGCCUCAUCCCUCCUCUAAUUCAGCUGUUAAGCUCCACCGACCAGGAGGUUUUACUGCAGACCGGCCGAGCUCUUGGCAACAUCUGUUAUGACAGCCAUGAGGGCAGGAGUGCAGUUGACCUGGCAGGAGGGGCUCAGAUAGUAGCUGAACACAUUAAAUCCCUCUUCCAAAAUACUGAGCCGGAAAAUGAGAAGCUCUUGACUGUCUUUUGUGGCAUGCUGAUGAACUAUAGCAAUGAUAAUGAUUCCUUACAAGCCCAGCUGAUCAAUAUGGGUGUGAUCCCCACUCUGGUGAAGCUGCUAGGCAUCCAUUCCCACAACACAGCCCUGACAGAAAUGUGUCUAAUUGCUUUUGGGAAUUUGGCUGAGCUUGAGUCCAGCAAAGAGCAGUUUGCCUCCACCAAUAUCGCCGAGGAGCUGGUGCGUCUUUUCCAGAAGCAAACAGAGCACGAGAAGAAGGAAAUGAUUUUUGAGGUUUUGGCUCCUCUUGCAGAAAAUGAUGUGAUCAAGCUGCAGCUGGUGGAGGCGGGUUUGGUGGAGUGUCUCCUGGAUGUGGUGGCUCAGACUGUGGACGGAGAGAGGGAGGAAGACAUCGCCCAGCUCAAGACUGCCUCUGACCUCAUGGUUCUCCUGCUGCUGGGAGACGAGUCCAUGCAGAAGCUGUUUGAGGGAGGAAAAGGCAGCGUCUUUCAGAGGGUCCUGUCCUGGGUACCAUCUCAUAACCAUCAGCUGCAGCUGGCUGGAGCUUUGGCCAUCGCUAACUUUGCUCGUAACGAUGGGAAUUGCAUCCACAUGGUGGACACCGGGAUUGUGCAGAAGCUUCUGGAGCUGUUGGAUCGGCACGUUGAGGAAGGCAACGUCACCGUUCAGCACGCAGCUCUCAGCGCCCUGCGGAACCUGGCCAUACCUGUGGUCAACAAAUCCAAGAUGCUGUCAGCUGGAGUAGCGGAUGUGGUGUUGAAGUUUUUGCAAUCAGAGAUGCCUCCGGUCCAGUUUAAACUCCUAGGGACGUUACGUAUGCUCAUCGAUACACAAGCUGAAGCGGCGGACCAGCUGGGGACCAAUGGGAAACUGGUGGAGAGGCUAGUAGAGUGGUGUGAAGCCAAAGAUCACGCAGGAGUGAUGGGCGAGUCCAACAGGCUGCUGUCUGCUCUCAUUCGACACAGCAAGUCUAAGGAAGUGGUCAGAACUGUUAUCCAGGGAGGAGGAGUCAAGCACUUAGUUACCAUGGCAACCAGUGAGCAUAUGAUUAUGCAGAAUGAAGCACUGGUGGCUCUUGGUCUCAUAGCAGCUCUGGAUUUGGUUGCAGCUGAGAAGGACUUUGUUGGAGCCAGUCUGGUGUCGGUGCUCCACAAGCUGCUGUCAGACGAGAGGAGUGCACCAGAGAUCAAGUACAACUCUAUGAUCCUCAUCUGUGCAGUCAUGGGCUCAGAGCCGCUCCACAAAGAAGUCCAGAGCCUGGCGUUCAUCGACGUGGUGUCCAAGCUGAGGGCUCACGAAAACAAGACCGUAUCACACCAGGCGUCGCUCACGGAGCAGCGACUAACUGCCCAGAGCUAAAUGACUGUGUUCACCCCACCCCACACCCACCCACCCAAAUGCCUGCCUGACCACAUAUCACCCGACGACACCUCAUGACUGCUCUCCCCUGUGCCCCAUCGUCAUGUGCCAAGGUACCAUGUCGCGUUAACUGCCAGCCAGACAUACAGUGACGUCUCUAUCCCCAACCCUCCGCCCAGCCCACCUCCACUGGGGUUAGACUGAUGUGCGUUUUAGACCGGCAAUAUUUUGUGAUGAUAUACAAAUCAGAAAAUCUGAGUAUUUUCUAAUUGAAUUUUUAUUUUGAAUGAUAAGAAUUCACCCAGAAUUAAUCACUUGUUCGGGUGGAAGAGCCUCUGAAACUGUUUUUAGACCACCAUGGGACACCAAAACUCUCCUCUGAAAGCCAUAAUAAUGAGAUUUAUUUAGGUGGGUUAGCAGGUCCUUAAGGAACGGUGAGGCAGGUUUCAUUCCAGGCUUUACAGACUGACACCCAUUAUGCUUUUGAGUCAAAUGCUCAAGAGGUAGAAGCCAUUUCUUUUUCUUUUUUUAAAUCAACUGACACAUCAGUCUAUCCCUGGUCCCCACCUCUACUUGUGCAUGCAUCUUCUGCUACAAGUAGCUCCACUGGAGCUGAGGCGCCAUAGACAGCCUAACGCAAUAGAUAAAGAGACAACACUCUUUUACGACCAUAGCUGUGAUACCAUCCGCCGGUAACCCACCAGUAAAAAAAAUGUGCACAAAAGAACAAAAAAAACCCUUUCCUGUCGUGAUUUUUCUUUCAUUUUUAAGAAAAAGCCGCCAUCUAUGAUGUGCCCAGUCGUGUCCCAUGUAGCUCAAGUAUAAAUUGACUAGAAACUGUGCAUGUUUUAGUCCUGUUGAAGGUGUGCCAGUGUUCAUUUUACCUCUCUACUGCUCGCAUAACUCCAAAGUACAGCCUGCCCUCCUCUACUGACACCUCCAGUCUUGUACACUCCUUUUUUUUUUGCACUUGUUCUUUAAGACAUGGAUCUCAAGGUUUUAUUCAGAUUUUUAAUUCCACAGUUGUCCAGACACAUUCUCCCUGUUCCAACAGCUGUACAGUGAAGUUAAAGGCCCCACAAGUCUCCACCCCGUGUCGCUGAAAGAGAAUCACGUAAGAACCUGGUGAAGCACAGAGCUGUAGUCAAGUCUAACUCCAAGACUGAGUGCAGUCAAGUUUACAUAAAGAAAAGGUCCAAAUUGGAAUUGAUAGUGUUUCCAACUGGAAAUAUAAGACAUUAAAAGAACAGUAGAGAUGUUCAACUCCUUGCAGGAGCUGUGUUGGCCCUGACUUAGGACCGCCAUACUCAAACUGUCCUGAAUCACUAUCAUCAAAACUUGGACAUCAACGGAUGGUAGACAAUCUUCUAAGUUGCCUAUAAGAUGGGUAAAGACAAUGUCAGGUAGGUUAAAAGUAACAAAAAACAUAACUAAAACAUGUUUCAGUCAGGCCAAGAGAGGUCUCUUUCAUUAAAGUAAAUACAAACUGUACAAUAAAAUCCACAUGGUCCAUGAUGUAUUUUACAUACUUGUCUUUUACAUCUUACUUUGCACCCACCUGACAGAUUUUUCGCCUUAUAGUUCACCAACAAAAUUUCCUACCUUCCAGUGAGAUCAAAUUUUCAACAUUACUCCCAUUACUUAUGUAUGAGCUGCUCAAUGACUGAAAUGUCCAAGUUCCUGGAAGUAGUGGUGCAGAACUGUGAAAUAUGACAGUCUAGGAUGAGGGCGAGAACUCUGUAUGAAAAGCUCAACAUCGAUCCAAUAAAUGCACCAUAGUUCUAAUCAAUGCUUGACAACCUUUGCAUAUCCAGAUUUCUACAGUUUAAAAUCCUCUGUUUGCAGUGUUGUGGACAAAACUCAAGGAAAUACCAAUAAAAACAUCCUGGUCAGCAGGAAAUUAUGAAGUAAGCAAUGAAAAGCAGCCAAGAACAAGAGACAAAGUCAAUAUAGGCAUGAGACCACCACCCAGGUUCAUGAUUCACUCCCUGAUCCUGUUAGAACACACAAUAACGCCCCCAAAAAUCCCAAAACCAGGGACACUGAUGUGUGCUGUAAGAAGAGCAGGGAGUGUAAUUUUAACAGUACAAAAUAAAGCAGCCACCAUUCCUACAUGUGUGUUUACAGUAUGUAUGUGUGUUGUGAAUGUACUGCUUGGGGUAGGCAGCGUGGAGCAAAGUCUGGAUUCUUAUGAGAAUUAGUAAUUGAAGGCAAACAGAACAGUCAGUCGUUGAACUGCCUGACCACCACCACAGCACCACCACACAGGAUUCUCUUUAUAUAUGACGGUUGGUUCUUCUAGUCGAAGGGAUUUCUGCUAACAUGCAUAUCUCAGCAUGUCCGACACUGUACCGACACCCUGUUAACAUGCCACGGUGUGUUUCCUGGUCUGGGCCCACGCUUUUUUUUUAAAGGUAUGAAUGGUUAUUUAUCAGAUUUGUGCUCUUCUAAAGACACAUGCCAGUGGAGAUGUAUCCAUAGUAACUGCGUAAAAUACUAUAAACUUAAAUGUUUGUUGUAAAUGUCAUGAGUUGUACAUUUGGAGGAUUGUAACACAGCAGAUAAUAAAAGAUGAUAGCUGGUGA